GGCCUGAGGCGUGGCGGCGUGAAGCGCUGUCAGAGCCGUGCUGCGAGGUUCAGCCUAGUGCCGGUACCGGGAGCUGCGACACCGCCAUCUCCGCCGCCAUGGAGCCCCAUCGCUGGCUGCCUCUUGAGGCCAAUCCCGACGUCACGAAUCAGUUUCUCAAACAGUUAGGUAUACAUCCUGACUGGCAAUUUGUAGAUGUUUAUGGUAUGGAACCAGAGCUGCUUAGUAUGGUGCCAAGACCUGUCUGUGCAGUGCUACUUCUCUUUCCAAUAACAGAAAAGUAUGAAACCUUCAGAACAGAAGAAGAAGAGAGAAUAAAAGCUAAGGGGCAAGAUGUCAAAUCAUCAGUAUAUUUCAUGAAGCAAACCAUUAACAAUGCUUGUGGAACAAUUGGGCUAAUUCAUGCUAUUGCAAACAAUAGAGAUAAAAUGAAUUUUGAAACCAAUUCUUCACUGAAAAAGUUCCUAGAAGAUUCAUUAUCUAUGACUCCUGAAGAGAGGGCCAAAUAUCUAGAAACUUACGAAGCUAUUCGUGUCACUCAUGAAUCCAGUGCCCAUGAAGGUCAGACUGAGGCACCAAGUAUAGAUGAAAAAGUAGAUCUUCAUUUUAUUGCAUUAGUUAACGUAGGUGGUCAUCUCUAUGAAUUGGAUGGGCGCAAGCCAUUUCCAAUAAACCAUGGGGAAACUAGCGACGAUUCUUUUUUAGAGGACGCAAUAGAAGUUUGCAAGAAAUUCAUGGAACGUGACCCAGAAGAAUUAAGAUUUAAUGCAAUUGCACUGUCUGCAGCUUGAAAGCCUUUUCCAGUGGGGCUAAUGCAAUGCAUUGUAACAAUAAAACCAUUGCCAUAUGUUAAUAGUACAAAUUUUGAUACUUCCCUAUCAUGUUGAUUAAUUGUAGCAUACAUGGAAUAAACUUUGCAUUUGUCCUUGCUAUUUCUUGCUGCUUGUUCCUAAAGCAACUUUGGGUAUUCAUAUACACGCAUGCAUUUUGUGCAAGACUUUCAUGUGGUGGGGUUUUCCCCCUUCCACCCUCUUAAAAGUUUUGGGAAUUACCGUCUGUGAUAUUUCAUCAUAAUAAUGAUGAGCUAGUUCAGAGCAGGAUUAUCUUUUGUAUCAUUCACAGAUAACGUUCUGAGUGGAAUAUGUGGUAUGUUAAUGGGUAAAAACUUGAAAUGUGAGGUUAUCUCCAUCUUCUAAUUAUAUUGAUAAAAGAAUAUUAUAAAAAACUUUUACAGGUGACUUGGGAUUUUUUUUCAGUGCAUUAUUUAUAAAUAAAUUUAUGGAAGAUAAAAGGCAGAAAAAGGACUGUUUCUUCUUACUGUUGGUGAGCACUGACAUAUUUUUAAAAUUAUCUUAGUCUACAUUUUGAAUAAAACUUAAUUUUGUUUCUCAAGCCU